CCACGCGAUCGAAUCAUUUGAAUUGCUCUUGUUUUAGAGGGUUUGAGCCAUCGACUGCAGGGAGUCGUCGUCGCAUCUAUCGUUAUCUUUCGUUGUUGGCGAAGUUGUACGUCUUGCAGCAGACCCACACAAUAAGCAACUGCGACCCAGAAAGUUUUCAGUAUUGUCUCGAGUCUAAGUAAUCAUCAAGAAUGAGUGAUUGUCAUGCCUCUAGCCGAAAUUCUGCGGUAGGGAGAACACAAUUUCAGAGUCUGCUGUUUCUACUGAGUCUCAACGUUUUGGCCACAUAUGGAACAGUCGCAGAGAAAGCACAACAGACGAAGAUUUGUUCAGAGACCGCCUUGAAGUCGGCACAAAUGUACUGUAACGUUAUAGCCAAAACGGGUCAACCAUAUGGUGCUUGUCAUCCUUACGUCGAUCCGACCGAGCAAUACAACUUGUGCAUCAGGCAAAUAUGUGAAUGCAGCGGGGAUGAAAGUUGUGGGUGUUCUGCUGUGCGAGAUUACGAAUCCCAGUGCAGAAAUGUUGGAGAAGAUGAUCUUGACGUUGGUACAAUUGCGGAUGAAUGUGGAGUAUGCUAUGGCAACGGCAGCAGCUGCAAAUACUCUGAGUGCACCGUGUUUAGUACCCCACCAGCAUCCCUAUCGAGAUCGAAGCAAAAGUAUGUAACUUUUGAUUGCCUUGUUCACGAAUUCCAAGGCUCCUGUGAAUACACUUUGGCACGUGACUGCACUGGAGGUCUGUUUGACAUUCACAUUGAAAACAACUCUCCUGUUCCCAAUGCCAUUCGAACUGCUUGGACAAGGGGCAUUGCCAUUCGAGCUGCUGGACUUGGCACUAUCAGAGCAACUUUCUCUGAUCAGAACACAACAGUUUAUAUGAAUAGUAAACUUCUUUCUUGGCUAACAACUAAUCACGGAAUUGAUGGAUCACAAGUGGUACUGACCUCUGAAGGACAGCAACACAAAGUCGAGAUCAUUUUGGCGACUUCGAAAGUCAAGAUUAGUUUGGUUGGUCAACAUAAAAUUACUGUGUCUGUUCCAUCAUCAUUUAGAAAUCAUAUGUGUGGAUUGUGUGGCAAUAACAAUGGAAACUCGAAUGAUGACCUCAUGCUGCCCAGUGGAAAGUCUCUGAGCGUGAAAGCGUUCACGUCUUCUCAGUUUAUUUCAAACUACCAUACAUUUGGUGUCAGCUGGGCUGCACUGGGCAAGAACAGAAUGAUUUUGAAGAGUAACAGUCCGUGUAGUGAUCCCUCCGGUGUUCCUUAUUGUGACCAAAAACUGAAAUAUAGAAAGAAGGUGGAGAAAUUUUGCAGGGUUAUUAUCGACUCGAAAGGACCGUUUGCUACCUGUCAUGCCUAUACCAACCCUGAGUGGGUAUACAAUCAGUGUGUACGUGAUGUCUGCUUGCAUUCCGGGAAUACUCAAUCUGGGUGUCCAACAAUUAGAUUAUACCAAGCUCAAUGUCAAAAAUGUGACAAAACAUUCUCUGCAACAGUUGCGAAAUGCAAUAAGCUCUGUAGUAUCCCUGCAGCUCCAGCCAACGGCUUCACCAUAGGCAACGGACGUGCAUUUCAUGAUGUAGUCAAAUUCUCUUGUAAUCGCGGAUUCAUACUACAGGGUUACAGUUCCCGUCAGUGCCAGGCUGAUGGCACCUGGACCGGUUCUCUUCCUUUCUGCACUGAUAUUGAUGAGUGUGCGGCAGGUACCCACAACUGUGACUCUCAGGCCAAAUGUGCCAAUACUUACGGAUCUUUCACAUGCACUUGCAACUCAUGCUACAGAGGCAAUGGGGUGACUUGUACAAGCAAGAGAUGUAGUAUGCUAGAGGCUCCGCUCUAUGGAAGUGUUUCCAGUCGUUCUAAUCUCUGUGGGAAGAGGGUGAUGUUUCAAUGCUAUGCCGGAUAUCGUUUGCAAGGGGUGUCCUCCAUACAGUGUCGUACAAACUCAUUGUGGUCCAGAACUCAACCGGUCUGCAAAGAUAUCGAUGAGUGUUCGACUGGUGAUCAUAUCUGCAACGUUAGAGCACGCUGCAACAACACCAUAGGCGGCUACUCGUGCCACUGCAAUGAUGGAUACCUCGGUGACGGUCUCACUUGUGAUCGUCGGGUCUACACUGUCACGGGAAUUGUAAAAGACGCAUCUACUGGCAAAGGCAUCGUCAGAUCGAUAGUCUCUCUAGGAGGUCGAUCGACAAGAACAAACAGUUCAGGCUACUUCACCUUCACUAAUGUUCCUUGCCUCCCUUACACACUGACUGCAAUUGGACCCGGUUAUGUUUCUAACUCGAAAAAUGUCACUGUAUCUGAAGAGGGACCUGAUUGUGUUAUGGCCAACAUCGUACUCUCUAAAGAACUGACCUCAGGUACCUGGAAAGUUGUGAUCACCUGGGGAGCAGAAGCACGUGACCUUGACGCCUACAUGGAGGUGCCAGGUGGUUGUCGAGUGAGCUAUGACAAAAACCACCGAUAUUGCUUUUCCGGAACUGCAAACGUCAGCCUAGAUAAUGACGACAGAGACCGAUUCGGCCCGGAAACUAUCACCAUUCACGAAGGAGUUGCUGUUGGUACAUACAAACACUACGUUCAUGUGUACUCAGAUGAUUUGACGUUUGCCUUGUGCAAAGCAACUGCAGAGUUAUACAAUGGAGAUGCCAAGGUGUCCACCAUUCAGUCGCCAAGCGGUAACCACCACUACUGGGAUACGUUCACUAUAGACACUGCUAAGAGAAGGUUCCAUGCUGUUAACCGUUUGCGUCAAUAGUUUAGAUUACUUAAGGGCUUGUUGUUAGUUCAGGCCAGACUCCCUUCGUAUAAGUAAUUGGGCAUGGUUGACAAUAGCAACUCACAUGGAAAUAUGUUAUACAUUUUGAUACUGUAAGUCGAUUAUAGUCUACUGUAGCGGUACUUCUAUCAAUAAAGUGAUACUGACAGGUUA